AUGAUGUGUUUCAGGGGGAAAUCAGUGGAUUCAGGAAGCAGUAGGAGUUUGGAGAAUACGGUAAAUAGGGUCUAUCCUGCUCAACUUGUUCCAAAGAUAAACACAAGCAAGAACACGUCCACCUUAGCAAACCCAUCCAGCAUCCUGGAAAUGCCACAAGAGAUUAAGAAAAGCUGUGGGGAUAAACAGGCAGAAAUCACAGUUGAAAGAAGAAAAAUGGCAAAGAGCAUCAAAGAAAAACAAAGCAAUGAUUUAGAGAAAGCGGCCUUUAAACGGAAGGCAGAAGGUGAAGAAAAGCCAGCUGCAAAAAAAGAGGCAAAGGUAAUUGAACUUGACAGCCCGUUGAUCGCCAUGCCUCUGCCUCACAUCCCCUUAAAGAACAUCAUGGAUGUGGAAGGGAAGUUGGUCUACGUUGACGAAGAGGACGUGAGCUAUGAGUUUGUAGAGUCCUACAUGUGCACUGCGAAUCGACCAACGUGCCGAGCUGCUGAAAUAACAGACCCUUUGCGUGUACCUAAUUUCAGCUUUCUGCCUCAGAUCGACAAGUGGCUUCAGGUAGCCUUAAAGGAUGCCAGCUCUUGCUACAGACAAAAGAAAUACGCCGUGGCAGCAGGACAGUUCAGAACAGCAUUAGAGCUUUGCAGCAAAGGGGCAGCUCUGGGAAAACCAUUUGAAGCAUCUGCUGAAGAUAUAGCAAGUGUGGCAAGUUUCAUUGAGACAAAGCUUGUUACAUGCUAUCUACGGAUGAGGAAACCUGACCUUGCCCUGAAUCAUGCGCACAGGAGCAUUGUUUUGAACCCAGCCUAUUUCCGAAAUCAUCUCCGUCAGGCAACAGUGUUUAGAUGUCUGGAGAGAUAUUCAGAGGCUGCCCGGAGUGCCAUGGUUGCUGACUACAUGUUCUGGCUCUGUGGAGGAAGUGAACAGUGUAUAAGCAAGCUCAUCAAACUGUAUUGGCAGGCCAUGAUUGAAGAAGCCAUCACCAGAGCGGAAUCUUUCUCAGUUAUGUACACACCAUUUGCAACAAAAAUCAGAGCUGAUAAAAUAGAAAAAGUAAAAGAGGUUUUCACAAAAACUCAUCCUGCAUAUGUGGAAUAUAUCUACACAGACCUUCAAGGAUUCCACGUGUUGCCUCAGACAGUUGACUGGUCAUCUUUUCCUCCUCAACAAUAUCUCUUGACUCUUGGCUUCAAAAACAAAGAAGAUGGGAAGUUUUUGGAAAAAGUAUCAAGUAGGAAGUUACCAACAUUUACAGAACAUAAAAUUCCCUUCGGCCUGCUGACCAGAGAAGACACAGUGAGACACAUGGAGACAAUGGGGAAGCGAAUCUUGCCAAUAUUGGAUUUUAUUAGAAGCACCCAAUUGAAUGUGAGUUUUCGUGCAUGCUCAGGUGUGAUGGAGAAGUUGCAAUAUGCCAGCCUCCUCAGCCGGCUGCAGAGAGUAAAGGAGCAGUCCCAGGUGAUCAAUCAAGCAAUGGCCGAGCUAGCAACCAUCCCCUAUCUGCAGGACAUCAGUCAACAGGAGGCGGAAUUGCUGCAGUCACUAAUGGCAGAUGCUAUGGACACCCUUGAAGGAAGAAGAAACAAUAAAGAACGUGUGUGGAAUACAAUUCAAAAGGUUGGACGAAUUGAAGACUUUCUAUACCAAUUAGAGGAUAGUUUCUUAAAAACUAAAAAACUGAGAACUGCUCGAAGGCAAAAAACAAAAAUGAAGCGGCUUCAAACUGUGCAGCAAAGCUAG